CAAUGUUUCCGUUAAAUUCUUCUGAUUUGCAUCGCUCGCGCUUCUUUUAACAAACGAACCGCACCAUCACUCGGAUUUAUUCACGUGCACGAGUUUGUUAGUGUGUGUGGAUGCGUGUGUAGAUGAGUGUGUGAGUGUGCAUGAGUGUGUAAGUGUGUGUAGAUGAGUGUGUGUGUAGAUGAGUGUGUGAGUGUGUAAGCCUCUGCGUGCUCAUUUACUCCCCGUGCAGGUGUGAAGCGGGACGGCGCGAGCGCGCGCUGCUCUCGCCCUAUCCUCAUUCCACUUAGCACGACUUCACGCGCAGGUGGCUUAAAUUAAAGCCGGCCCAUUUUUUUUGUAGAAGUGUGUGAGCGUGUGUAUAUGUGUGUGUGUGCGUGGUGUGGGGCUAAACUAUGGUGGUAAACAUGGCAAAUUUGGUCGACGCAAAAGAAGUGGACGACGGCAAUACAGAAAUUCCUGCUUCAGACCUAAAAGAAAGUCCGACUGACAAUGAGUACAGCAGCUCAGAAAGUGCAGAAUCGUCAUCCGAAGAGAGCGAGGAUGAAGAAGAGGGGGAAGAACAGGAAGAGGAAAAUCAGGAGGAUCUAGAAAAUGUGGGAUCAUGUGCUGAAGGAGUCACUGACGGUUCUCGCAAAGAAACCAGAGAAGACACCAGGAAUGGAGACCACAAGAAUCCACUCUGUGAAAAAUGUGACAAUCUUCAGAGACCAAUCUACCAGCUUGCCACACCGAGAGAAAUCUGUGAAAACCGAUGGCAGUUGUUUCUGGAGGAUGAGGGAGUGUACGAGUGCUCAGAGACAGGCCUGGUGUUCGAGGUGUCACAGAGCGUCCGGAUCCGCUACCGCGUCCUUUCCUGGAGCAAGUACGGCGCAUUCCUGAAAGACUCAUGGAAGUUUGCCGGGCCCAUAUUCGACGUGGAUUGCGAUCCUUCCAUCCUCAAGUCCAUACAGUUUCCUCAUUCGCUCUGCCUGGCAGAUGAGGACAACGAGGUAAAAUUCAGCGUCCUACACGUGAAGGACCACCAGGCCUCAUCGAGCCUUCAGUCGAUCACUCGCGCAGCCAUAUAAAGUGGAACGUCUCGUCUCUGUCUCCCGUGGGCCCGGUCGUGCA